GUACAGCCCAGUCCAACUCUGAAACCUUCUCCCGCGCUAGGGUUUAUAUCAUCCUAUUUUGUCCUCACCCUGCGACGCCGUCAGUCCGUCUGGCGAACCCUGAUUCUCCUCUUUAGAAGUGGACUGAGAAGAAAUAGAGAUAUUGAACAAUGAGUAAGCUUCAGAGCGAGGCCCUGAGAGAAGCGAUCUCUGUAAUUGUUACCGAUUCUAAGGAGAAAAAACGUAAUUUCACUGAGACGAUUGAGCUUCAAAUUGGGCUGAAAAAUUAUGAUCCCCAGAAGGAUAAGCGAUUCAGUGGCUCGGUGAAGUUGCCUCACAUCCCUCGCCCCAAGAUGAAGAUUUGCAUGCUUGGUGAUGCUCAGCACGUUGAGGAGGCAGAAAAAAUAGGAUUGGAGUCCAUGGAUGUGGAGGCUCUCAAGAAGUUGAACAAAAACAAGAAGUUGGUUAAGAAACUUGCAAAGAAAUAUCAUGCUUUCUUGGCCUCAGAAGCUGUUAUCAAGCAGAUUCCACGUCUUUUAGGACCUGGUCUUAACAAGGCAGGAAAGUUCCCCACCCUUGUGUCACACCAGGAAUCUCUUGAAUCUAAGGUCAAUGAGACGAAGGCCACAGUGAAAUUUCAAUUGAAGAAGGUUCUUUGCAUGGGAGUUGCUGUUGGAAAUUUGGGUAUGGAGGAGAAGCAGAUCUUUCAAAAUGUGCAAAUGAGUGUCAACUUUCUAGUUUCACUGCUGAAGAAAAAUUGGCAGAAUGUCAGAUGCUUGUACUUGAAGAGUACAAUGGGGAAGCCUCAGCGGAUCUUUUAAGAUGUAUGUUUCUACGCCGCUGUUUAGGGAAGAAUUUUGCGAGCGUAAACAAUAAAAUAUUUCCAGAGAAUCGGAGUUUUGAAUUUCUAUCGUCCUGUUUUUAUCAUGAACACUGCUUUCCAUACUCUUGUCAGGUCGAAGCUUACUGCUCUUAAUCAACUAUUUCUGUUAGAAACAUUUUUUUUCUCCGAAUUACAUGCUUAGAAAUCUAGUACCUGCAAUUUGUCUGUUA